AUGUCGCGUCCACUGCUCUCUUGUAUAGUUUCUAUAGCCAUUGCGGCUUUGGUCAAUGCAUCACUGGAGGAGUCAUGCCCCGCCAGCUUGGAGUCCCAAGCGCGCGUGCUGCUCCAACACAAGGUCGCCGAGACUCAGUUAGAAGUUCAGGCCGAAGAGCUGACUGAGGAGCCAGCACCGUUGAAGAUGCGGGCGGAAGAGCGUGAAGGAGAAGGGCAAGGCAAAAAAGACAACGAAGCCCUCGCUGUCUAUUCUCCUCUGACCCUGCACAACAUGCUCAAGCCGGCUGGGGGUAAGCCUCCGGGGGCUCACAUGGUUCCGCCAGCAACGGUACAAGAUGGACACUUCGAGCUCUGCCACGCCCAGCCGGGCAACGCCUUGGGACAGGUGUCUGAGGGCCUGAACGUCUCAUCUUCCUGGAACGAAGUCGGCGCCAGCUGUACCACCUCAGAGGUGGUGUUGUUCUAUCCGGGGGAGACGAGUUCGGGCUUCCCGACCUUCUCCACAAGUUGCUGCCCUGCAAACAAGGAAAUCUGCGCCGGCUGCGCAAAGCUGAACGGCGCGAAGACGGGCUGCGAGGUUUGCAGAGGUGGCUUCACCCUGCGCAGUGACAAGACGUGCAUGGCUUGCGUGGAUGUACCCGGAUGGGUCAACAAGGCCGGGGAGAGCUGCAUCACCGCAAGCUGCACAAACGAGAAGUACCAAGGCAUCAGUGCACAAGAUGCGUGCUGUUCAUGCGGAGGCGGGCAGAAGGAAGGCACAAAGUUCACCUACUACGUCGCCCCCUUGGCGAUUGGGUCCACGCAAGUCACCGGAUACCCGGUGCCGCGAACUGGCAGCCGCUACUCAGUGGACAAGGAUUGUGAGCUGAGCAAGUAUGGGCUGACCAUCAACUCACACACUGGGGCCUUGCAGCUCAGCCCUUCCUGCAGCGUGGUGGGCUGUGGUGCAGCAGAACCCAUCGAAGUGAAGUGCACGAUCUUCGCCGAGAAGGAUUUCGGAUCCAUGAUGGGCGCGAUUUCGUCCAGUGCGCCGCUGGAGGUAUUCGCUGAAGACGUGAGUUACGGGUCUGCGCCCAUUGUCUUCACCUCGGUGUCCGCGCCGGCAAGCAUUGCCCCUGCGGUGAACCCAGCCCUGGCGGGUGGCGAGUUCGGAGGCUUGACCUGUGUCCCCGAUGUCACCAGCUGGCUGUCGCUGGAUUCUGCCACGGGCAAGUUGUCGCUGGAUUCUGCGAAUAUCUUCGGGAACGAAGGUGGCGUGAAGGACGAAAAAGGCAACAACAUUGGCGCAGGUGCCGUUUGCUCGGUGGAGAAGGGCGGCGCCAAAGGCAGCGUGGCGGUGAUGUUUCCUCUUUUGUCCAUCCAGGGGCCGCUUUACAGCUAUCAGAGGGGUGAAGUCGUGUACGCCACCGUCGGGGAGACGUCGCCGGUUCUGCCCGACCUGUCCGUGACACAGGGGCACGCAACUGUUGCACCCAGCGUUCCGCCAACGCGCUAUUCCAUCAGUUGUUCGGGCACUGGCUUUGCCUUCGACGAGUUGACCGGUCUGGCGACGUGGGAAGGCCACCAGAUCUUCCAGCUAGAUGUUGCCAACGGGGACUUUCAGCUCAACCCAGAAGAGUCCCUGACCAGGAGUUUGGAUCACACGGGAGACAGCGCAACCCGGCGGAGCAUCGGACCCCUUUCGUGCACGAUCUUCAAGCACUGGGAGUAUCCGCCAAUGGGACGCGGCCUGGCCCUCCACCACGAACUGCAGAUCGAACUGAGGGACCACACCUGCUGGGCCAAGAAGGUCCGAAGCUUCGCCACCCGCCACCUGAAGGGAACACGGCCAUCCCGGAAGAGCGGCGAUCCAGGCUCCCUCGACGACGAUUUCUGCCGCAGCAUCUGCCGCGAAGAAGCGUCAUGCACCCAUUGGGCUGUGGUGAGCGGCAAAUGCUACUCCUACAGUGGCGUUUGCACGAGCGCUGUCGUUAACGACAAUGCCUGCGCUCACAAACGCGUUACGGUCACAGAGCGCUACCCUGGCUGUGGCGAGCGCCACAGCUGCCUCGAUAUCCAGCUGCCGGGUUACCACUACAUCUCCGGCAAGUACUGUCCCAACGGGGAGAAUGCGGACAGAGACCCGAACCUCGGCCCAGUGUACUUCAAGACGGGCUUGACGAUCGAGGAAAGCUUCUGGCUGGCAAGGCUCAACGAUCACCUCUGCAUGUGGGCGAUCAUGAAGCCCAAUCCAUCGCAGGACUAUGAGAAUGGGACCUCAGCCUAUGUAGAACUCCACGGAGACAGAGUUGCUUGCCUCACCGGAGUCGUCGACCUCGUCACUGAUAUCUUCGGAAGCGUGCAGAAGGACCUCAGCGUGACGGGGCUACCCAAAGCUGUUGCAGGCGCCACGGGCAAAGUGGCAGCACCGGGCUGCGUGUCGCCCAAUGUCACCGUGGACGACAGCGAAGAUGAAGACGAAGACGAAAACGAGCAAAGUGUAAUGCCACUGGUGCUGGACGACCCAGCAUCGGACCAACCGGACGACCAUUGGCUUCAUCCGUGCGAAUGCGUGCCUCCCGACUGGGGUCCUUUGCCGCCUGUCAAUGGUCAGGUCCUGUCGGACAUCCCUGCCGGCAGUGGCAACAGUUUCAUGCCUGGUCCCACACUGAUUGUGGGCGGCCAGUUUGCGUGUGAGCAGGAGCACCUUACCAGCGUUAUCAUGGAGGAUCCGGAAAGCGACGGCUUUGCUGAGGGCUACUGCCACACACAGUGCGCCACAAGCAAUUGCAACUUCUACUGGGAAGGCGAAGUCUUGUCGAGCACACAGUGUCGGCUCUACAGCCAAUGCAAGGAACUGGUGCGCGAGGUCGGUAUUGUGGGCAAUCUCUAUGGGAUGACCUACAGCAAGGUGUGCAAGGUUGCGGACCCUGCCUUGUGCUGGAAAGUUACCAAGCGCCGCUCCUUCCUGGGCGCCGGCGACGACACGUACUCGUGCCUCUUUCAGGAUCUGGUGCAGCAAUGCGAUCACAAGCUCAUGCUGGGUGGCCUCGGCGUCGAAAGUUGCGGACAGUGUGAGUAUGGGUCUUCGUCGUCACGGAGCAAGAAGACACCACUGCCAGCAAGCUUCGAGCACGGCCAGAGCCUUCGAGCGUCCUGUUGGGCGGAGCGCUUCACCAGCGGGUUAGCUGUCACUGCUCAAGAGACCAUGAGCUGCGUGGCCGGGGCAUGGGUGAACUCGCACAACAAGCCAGGCCUUGAAGGCUUCGCCUGCUUCGCCUGCAUCCAGGUCGUUUCCAAGACGUAUGCAGAGCUCGAUUCGAAAAUCAAGCAGGAGCUUUUCUUCGCAAGCAAGAUGAAAGUGACGCUCACUGUCGACGCGCGCACACGCCGCACGGUGACGUCCUCUGGCAACCUCCGAACAGGCUGGCCGGACGUCUUCACAGCGGACGUCAUGCCAGGAGCAGCGGACACCAUGCGCCGCUACAGGUCUGUGACGCAUCCAGGCCAAUGCCUGCGGGCCGAGUCUCAUCGGCUGGGGGCCACGCGCUGCGCUGAGGCGGAGAGCGACCAGCUCUUGGAGGCGGAGGAGCUCAGCUCCCUCCUCUGGGAUGAGUUCAAGACGAGCGCCGAUGUGCCAGGCAAGCAGCAAGCCUCGCUCCUUAACCGAGGCACCGCGCCGACCACGCUCCGCAGCUUCCACAUGCGUGCGAGCUGUGAAGAGCAUGCCUUGGCAUCGGUCGAGCUCAACGUCUUCAGCGGCGCGCGGCUCGGAAUGUCCGCGACCUGCACAGCUGCCUCCACUUACGGCAAUCCGGUGGAGCACGUGAUCUCCGUCCCGGGCGCUGUCACCAUCACCAGCAUAAGCGAGGGGACCUGCCUGAGCAUCCACGUCAUUGUCCCCUGGCACCUCAAGCAGCCCACGCUUUCCCAAUGCAUGGAUGCACAUGUGGACAAUCAGAAUGUCUACAUUCACAGUUGCCAUGACGGGCUGAACCAGCUGUGGUACAUGUUGGAGGGCAACAUCAUAUCCCUGUUGGACCACAAGUGCUUGGACUACCACACCGGCACAGAGAACGUGUACAUGCAUGAGUGCCACGGCGGUACCAAUCAGAAGUGGUACUUCGAAGAAGGCACUAAGCGAAUCCGGAGUAAGGUGGACCACAAGUGCCUGUUUUUUGACUUUCUAAACGGCCAGAACAUCAAAGUGUCCGAAUGCGACGACAACGAUUUACAGCAGUUUGACCGCGAGGAGGUUACCAGCAGGGCCUUCACGAUUGGUCUCCACUUGGACUGCAGUGAGUCCGAGUUUGAGGAAAUCACGGUGGAGCCCGUGAAUUCGGAGGAGAAAUUCCGGCUGAGGAACAGCCCACGCACGUUCCCUGGCGAGUUCCGCUGGAAGAACGACGAGAAGAAGAUUCAGAACGUGGCCACCGGCAAAUGCCUCGAAGCCAAAACGCUCGGCCGCGUGGAGGAG